AUGGCGCCUCGCAAAGCCCGCACCUCAGCCGCGCACUCUCUUGCGUCCAGGCCUGAGACCCCUGAGAGUAGUCGCUCUCGCCGAAUGACCAGGUCUACCUCGACCCAAAAGCUGAGCUCUGCAGUUUCUCUGCCGCCUGUGGACGCUAUCGAACCCUUGAGUGUGGUCGUGAGAGGCAGCAAAUCGACAACGUCGGCCUCGACCUCGGCCACCUUCACCUCAGCAAGCGAGGCUUCUACUCCGGCUACGAGCCACGAGGUCACGCCAGCGCCACCGGCUGCUGACGAGAAGUCGGCAUCAACUCGACCCAUGAUGAGUCGUCUGGAGGUGCAAAUUCCAGUCAUGGAAAGAGCCCCUAGUGAGAGGGCCACUAGAAACACCCGGUUUUCACUCGCUCGCGCCUCGAAGCGCAGUAGCAACGCGUAUGAAGUUCUCGACAGUGACGAGGACGAGUUGGCUUUUGACACUCCUCCCGACGAAAUCAUUGCUCGGCGUCUACAAAAAGAAGAGUAUGAAAAGAUGGAUAUGCCAGAUCUCGUGUCUACGAGCCGUCCAGUCCGUGGUCUGCGAGCUUCUUUGGAAAGAACCCCUGUAGCCAAGGGCAAACGCGGCAGACCAUCAAAGUCUCCACUCUCGGCAAGCAUCGAACGACCCACGAAGAAGCAGAAGCUCAUCACUGACUCCGAAGACGAUGCCCUCUCUGAUGACGCCAAUGGUCAAGCUUCGUCUUCAGACCUUAGCGAGGCCUUGAGCAUCAAGACAGAAUCGGAUGAUUUUGAAGCCCCCGAGGAGACGGGCGAGGACGACAGCAGCGAUGAUAUGGUUGAAGUUGCGCGGCCACGUCCCGGAACACUGCCUAAGAAGAGGCGUCCAACUCGGCCCAAUGCUCCUCAAGGCUUCAGAUCGGCUGCCACAUUGCCACUCCUUCCUUCUUCGGAGCCUGAUGAUGAUGAUUUCGACCCAGAUCAGUCGGACGAGGAGCUCCCCGAGCUUGCUGAUGCUAGCGCUCGGAUAAGUCUUGACGACUCGCAUGACUUUGUGCUCGGCCGCCGUGCCCGCCGAGAGCGGGACCGACUUGAGAGACACCACCCGGAACUCGACACGAUGUGGACAGACUUGGAAGCACGGCCCGCCAUGUCCGGUGCUGAGGCGGUUCAGCCCACCAAUAUUACACGACAGCUCAAGCCUUUUCAGCUGAAGGGUGUUGCUUGGAUGAAAGAGAUGGAGAUGACUGAUUGGAAGGGUGGCCUUCUGGGUGAUGAGAUGGGCUUGGGCAAGACCCUACAGAGCGUCUCCCUCAUCAUGUCCGACCACGGCUUGAUCAAGAAGCCUUCCCUCGUUUUAGUCCCGCCUGUUGCCCUAAUGCAAUGGACCAACGAGAUUGCCUCGUACACAGACGGAACCCUGAAGACGUUCGUUUUCCAUGGCACCAAUACAAAGGUCAAGAAUGUCACAGCCAAGGAGCUCAAAAGGUUCGAUGUCAUCAUGAUGUCGUACAAUAGUUUGGAGUCCAUGUUUCGCAAGCAGGAAAAGGGGUUCAACCAGCGCAAGAAGGGCGAGGUCCACAAGCAGAAGAGCAUAAUCCACCAGAUCGACUUCCACCGAAUUAUUCUCGACGAGGCACACUACAUCAAGGGCCGCGACACGGGCACUGCCAGGGCAUGCAUCGCCUUGAAAGGCGACUACAGAUGGUGUCUGACAGGCACGCCUCUCCAGAACCGAAUCGGAGAGCUGUUCUCACUUGUGCGCUUCCUCAACAUUACACCAUUCGCCUCGUAUCUUUGCAAGCAGUGCAAGUGCAGCCAACUCGAGUGGAACAUGGACGAGCACAAGAUGUGCAACAGUUGCGGACAUUCUGCCAUUCAGCACGUGUCCGUGUUCAAUCAGGAGAUUUUGAACCCCAUCAUUAAAUACGGUGCCAUGGGUCCCGGUGCCAUCGCCUUCAAAAAGCUGCGACUGAUAACUAGCAAGUUCAUGCUUCGCCGCUUGAAGAAGGACCACAUGAGUGCCAUGGACCUGCCCGUCAAAGAGAUCAAUAUCAACCGGGAAUUCUUCAGCGAGGUGGAGAAUGACUUUGCGCGCAGCAUCAUGACCAACACGCAACGCCAGUUCGACACGUAUGUGGCUCGUGGCGUCAUGCUGAACCAGUAUGCCAACAUUUUCGGUCUACUCAUGCAAAUGCGCCAGAUUGCCGAUCAUCCUGACUUGAUCCUGAAGAAGAAUGCCGAGGGCGGUCAGAACAUCAUGGUCUGCUGCAUUUGCGACGAACCCGCUGAGGAUGCGAUUCGCAACAUGGAUGAGCUGUCGUGUCCCAUGUGCCAUAUACCGCUGUCGAUCGACCUGGAGCAGCCCGAGAUUGAGCAGGACCAGGCCAUGGUAAAGAAGUCGUCCAUCAUCAACCGCAUCAAGAUGGAGGAGUGGACUUCGUCAAGCAAAAUCGAGACGCUCGUAUACGAGCUGCACAAGCUCCGGUCUGACAAGGCCACGCACAAGUCGAUUGUGUUUUCCAACUUUACGUCGAUGCUUCAGCUCAUCGAGUGGCGUCUCCGCCGCGCCGGCGUCACCACUGUCAUGCUCGAUGGUUCGAUGACGCCAGCACAACGACAAGCAUCUAUCGACCAUUUCAUGAAGAACCCAGAAGUCGAGUGCUUUCUAGUUUCCAUGAAGGCGGGCGGUGUGGCUCUCAACCUGACUGAGGCAUCUCACGUCUUUAUCGUGGACCCCUGGUGGAACCCUGCGGCCGAGUGGCAGUCUGCGGAUCGCUGCCAUCGUAUCGGACAGGGCCGUCCCUGUACCAUUACCCGUCUUUGCAUCGAGGACUCGGUAGAGAGCCGUAUUGUUCAGCUCCAAGAGAAGAAGACGAACAUGAUUCACUCGACCGUCAAUGGGGAUGACAAGGCGAUGAAGUCGCUCAGCCCGGAGGACAUGCAGUUCCUUUUCCGUGGCAGUUAG